AUGUAUGCGCUUGUUAUCCUGUGCGUUUUACCUGCGUUGUUGAGUUUUACUAGAAAAGACUACAAAGACGUGAUAGUAGGGACACUAGCGACGGGACCUGGACCAUCAACAAGAACACAAUCCAUCGAAGACUUGGGUGCUCGUAUAGAGGCUGAAGAAGCGGAAAGAAUGCGAGCUGAUGGCGAAAAUCCUUUGAAAUACAUGGUGAAAGAUGGCAUUCUUUUCAAGAAAAACAAGACACCCGUAGCAAGGGGAUGCAAAGCUCGGAUUGAGCAGGAAAAGACCGCAGACGAUGGUGGUGAGCAAAGCUUGGUCAUCUAUGUCACAUUUGUCAUCAAGAAUACAAGUGAGACAACGCACAAUAUUAUCAAAAUUAGGUCAUUCAUGGCAAAAAAUCAAAGGAGGUGGAACACCAUUGAUGCCAUGAAACAUUUUGUCUUCUCUAUAUCAUUUCAUUCAGGAAUCUUCUCCAUUCAUCUCCGAAUUAAUGCCACCAGUCAAUCAUGGUACACCUAUCAAUCCGCUAAGUACUGUACGGCCAAAACCAACCCCUCCACACAGUCCAGUAUGGCUACUUCUUCUAGAAAAAAAAUUACAAAAAUAAAACCUUUUAGCCUACCAUAAAC